AUGGGUGUUAAGCCCAGAACAGACCGCCCCGUUGCAGUCAUCGGCGCCGGUGUCCUCGGCCGCCGCAUCGGCUGUGUCUUCAUCGCUGCUGGCUACCAUGUCCACAUCCGGGAUCCCUCGCCGGUGGCUCUCCGCGAUGCAGAGGACUACAUCGAUAAACACAAAGUCGAGUUCUCGUUGAUGCCGCGCAUUCAAAAGAUGCGUGAAGAAGAUCACGAGGGCGAACCUGGCGAUCCCGACGAUCCUAAGGGUCAGACCUCCAUUUCCCAGGUUGACCUUGAGUCGUAUACGUCUGCGCCCUAUGGCAACUGCAAGACUUUCACCGAGCUUGAGCCCGCUGUUUCCAACGCUUGGCUGAUUGUCGAGGCUGUGCCUGAGAUACUGCAGUUGAAGAUUGAUACUUUGGCAGACUUGGAUAAGUACGCUCCGGCGGAUUGUUACAUCGGCUCCAACAGCUCCUCUAUCAAGUCAAACUUGAUGCUUGUCAAGGUCUCCGACAAGCGGAAGCGCAAGCUCUUCAAUAUUCACUUCACCAUGCCUCCUGCUAUCCGCACGGUCGAGCUGAUGACUUGUGGUAAGACCGAUCCCGAGAUCUUCCCUUACCUGGAGACUGUCUUGGGUGAAUGUGGCAUGUUGCCAGUGACAGCUCGCCGCGAAUCGACCGGAUUCAUUUUCAACCGCAUCUGGGCAGCAGUCAAGCGGGAAAUCACGCAAAUCCUCUACGAAGGCGUCAGCGACCCCGGCCAAAUCGACCUACUCUGGGAACACAUGUUCAAGAAUGGGCCCCUGCCCUGCCAGCUGAUGGACCAAGUCGGCCUCGAUACCGUCGCGUUCAUCGAAGAAAACUACAUCCACGAGAGGGGUCUCCCCUCCGCCGCAAUCGACUGGCUACGGAGGGAAUACCUCGACCAAGGACGUCUCGGCAAGAAGAGUGAAAAGGGCGGCCUCUACCCGCCACUCUCGAAAUCCUCUUCCGCAGAAGCACAUCCGGCACACCCGCACAGCGCCGCAAAAGACAUCUACCUGCUGGACAAACUCACCCCCGUCGUCGUCGGCCAGAACCUGCCUGACGGUAUCGACGUAGCACUGGAGACGCAGCGCAUCUUCUGGACGAAUAUGGGCCGCAGCACGGCAAAAUGUGAUGGCUCCGUCUGGUCGGCUGAUAUGGACGGCGGCGAUGUGAUGUGUGUUGUCCCCGUUGGCCAGGUGCAUACACCCAAGCAGAUCUCGGUUAUCGAGUCACGCAAGCAGAUUUACUUCUGCGACCGUGAAGGACUAGGUGUGCACCGCUGUAAUUUUGAUGGUAGUAACCACGUUGUUCUGGUGCAGCGCCGUGCGGAGCCGGGCAUGAGUCUGUUGGAGCAGAUGACGCUUUGGUGUGUAGGUGUUGCUAUCGAUGCCGAGCGCGGUCUCUUGUACUGGACUCAGAAGGGACCUUGCAAGGCUGGUCGUGGUCAGAUCUACUGCGCUGGCUUGGAUAUUCCUGCCGGUGAGACUGCUGAGAAUCGGACUGAUAUCCGGUGUCUGUGGAGCAACCUCCCCGAGCCCAUUGAUAUUGAGAUAGAUAGCGACACUCGGACCCUGUACUGGACGGAUCGUGGUGAGCACCCUUUCGGUUGCACACUGAAUCGUGCCCAUGUUGGUGGUGAAGAGAUAGAUUUUGAGAAGGUUAUUCUGGCACGUCACUUCCACGAGCCUAUUGGCUUGAAGUUGGAUAAGGCGAACAAUAUUGUGUAUGUGGCUGACCUGGGUGGUAGCUUGUACUCGGUAUCGUUGGAAGAUGGACUCAAGACUGAGCUUGUGCGAAACGAUGUUUGCUACACUGGUUUGACUCUUGUUUAG